AAUUGUUCAGUUUCGGAAUAUCAUUUCGGGAAUACGAGACUUGAAGCAAAGCGAGAAGUUAUAGCGAGACCCGCUCGGGCGUCCUCCUCUUCCGCGAAGGGGAACUCGUUCGCGCCUACCCUUUCGCAUAUCUCGUCAGGCCGGUCGUAUCGGGGGGGAGCGGAGGGAAUGAUAUAUAAAAAUCAAGCGAUAUCGGAACGAGGAGCACUCCAGCGCACUCUACGACGAACGAAGGAGAGAGAAAGAGCGCGGGAGUUGAAUUUUUCUUCGCUUUCUCCCCUUUGCCGCGCACCGCACCACGUCGCGCGGUUCACGACACACGACUACACGCGAGUCGACGUGAUUGGCGACCACCCUCACCGGAGGAUAGCCGGCUAUCGGUCGACUUAGCUGAGCUGACACAUUCAGUUCACGGAAAUCAUCGGACACACGAGGGUAUAAUAAGGAGACCUAUCCUGGUCCCAUUCGAAGAUCAACCGUCUCCCAACGCGGAUCCCAGUCGAAUACCAGGAGUGAUCAGAAGCAGAGGUCGAGAGAUAGUCGAGAGCUUGAUUAUCCGACUGUGUAUCCAGGCAUAUCAGCAACGAAACGCUAUGUGCGUACGUACGUUGAUUGGUAACGAGACGAGCGAGCCGAUUGCGCCGAUCACCGAUUCGAAGCAAUGCAGCAAGAUGUCCCGUGCCAAGGAGAAGUACAUGAAGAUCUACGAGGAGAUGAUGGAGAAGGAGGAGCUCCAGCGUCAACGAGAGCGAGCGGAGGACGCGCUCUUCUUAUCCGAUUUGGCCGAUGAUGUCCUGGUAGCCAGCACCAAUCACUACAGUCUGAUACUGAAAAAGCUGUCUUCGUAUUACGAGGUCGUGCGCCGCUCCAAAGUGUUUAAGAUCCUUUUUUACACGACACAGCCCGCACAUAUAAUUAUGAUCGCCGCAGUUUUAUUUGUUAUAACGGUUCUCUUUCCAAUCAAGGGUCAAAGCUCUAAUCAUUCUUACUCAAGAAUGAUGUCUUUUAUUUAUCUCACAUCCUUCGUUGUACAUUUUGGUGCUCAAAUUUGGAUGACUUUUGUAUCAGGCCUGUCUUUAUACUUUGCACUGCCACGACAUGCAUUCGGCGAAGUGCAGCGCGUUCUAUUUCCAAGAUACUUCACGAUUAACGCGUGUUUAAGUCUUAUCACGCUCCUCAUAUUUGUCAAGCAUCAUCCGACGCAUACAUGGGAUUCCGAAAUUGCUGUUCAGGUUGGGGCAAUGUCCGGAGGCUUUUUCCUAGAAUUACUGAUACGCCUCUACCUAACACCUCCACUUCUUCAAUUGAUCGUACAGAAGAACAACUUUGAACGCGCAGCGGGCGUUGGCAAUGAGAUAGGUCGUCACAAUCCUGGACCGCUUAAAAAUUGUACUCAUUACAUGAAGAUCCAUCGAGCGUUUCGCCGAGUACAUGUAUGCAUAGCUAUGGGAAACAUGCUCACUAUGGCGUGCACGGUACUUCAUCUCUAUUAUAUAGCGAGCAAAUUAUGCGCCUUGUAAAAACAAUUAGAUUCCAAUCAUAAAAUUUAGAUAUGCAUUUUUUUCGUGAGCUCAAAGAAGUUCCCUAAAAAAAUAUAGAAUCUAGAAAAUAAUUUUGAAAAAAGCGUUAAUAGUAAGUACGUUAGUACGUGUCUCAUAUGAUAACGAAAGUUUAAAUGCAUCGGAAUAUUCAAACCUGAUGCAAGAUGUGAUUUUUCCUGCCAUUAAAAUUAAUUGCAAGACUGUAUAACGAGUCUUUCAGUGCAGCUGCCUUGAAUUUUAAUUCUCGAAGAUAUCGAGGUAUAUUGGUGUAUCUUGUACUAAUAAUCUGAACUUACUCUAUGUUAAAAUAGAGUAAGUAUUCAGAAGAUUACAAUAGAUUUUAUUUGCAUGAUAUAAGUCACGCUGAUUCUCAGAACGCUAGCCAAUUCAGAAGAGAAACAAGCUGAAGCGAAGGUAAAUGAUCAGUUUUAAUAUUUCUCACAAAUAUGAUCUGCUUACAGUUCGUAGUGCUGUAUAAAUUAUUGCUGAAAGUAGUGCGAAGCGCGUGCAUGUAAUUUGUGAGUGUGUGUGUUUAGAGAUUGAGUGGACAUAAUUUAUUCAU